AAUAAAAAAUAAAUAAGAGGACGCAAAAGACUGGUCUUUACUUGGGAUUUGAGCCGAGGGUGGAUACUGGAAGAAGAAAAAGAAGAGGAAGCCGAAAUCUCUUGAGUCAAUGUACGAGAAAUUCCGAGGAUGGUGAAAAAUGGAGGCGGAUCAAUGGCCUCUUCUUUGCUGUUCUUCUCACUCUUCCUUCUUUUCUCCAACUCUCUCGCUUACAGGCCCGGCGAUAUCGUCCCCAUGAGCAAGAUGGGUCAAUACCACUCUUCGAGAACUACGUGGCAAGACGUGAUCGGUCGUAAUUGCCCGAUCUUUGCCGUUAAUCGUGAGGUUCUGGCCCCUAUAGAAAAGCCGGUGGGUUACACUGGAGCUGAUCCAUACAAAAUAUCAUUUCAAGUUGGAAGAGAGAAGUUUUUAGUACCAUGGCUUCUUGUGAUAAAUCGUAAAAGUUCAGAGGUUCCCAUGUUGGAUGUGCAUUUGAGGUACUCGGGAACUGAUUUGCUUGGUGUCACUGCUAAAGUAGUGGAUAUGCCUCAUCACUACCUUGAGAUUCAUCCAAACAUUCGUCAACAGUUCUGGGAUCCUCAAACGUGGCCCAAGCACAUUCUUGUCAGAUAUACAUGGGAGGAGCAAUCAGAGAUUGAUGUGCCUUCUGGAUUUUAUGUUCUCUUUGGAUCAGGUCUCAUGCUUUCGUUUAUUCUCUCCAUCUACAUUUUGCAGUCAUCACGGGACAAGUUGGCAAAGUUUGUUAAGGAGACUGUAGCGGAGAACAGCAUGCCUGUUGGAGGUGUGGCAAAAGUCGAAUGAUAGAACCCUUGAAAGUUGAAGCUCGAAAUUGACAAAAUUGUGUGCAUGUACAAAAAAAAAAAAAAAAAAAAAAAAAAAAAAAAAAAAAAAAUGUUCUGCUUCUAUGAGAAAAAUGAAAUUGAUGGGAGGAAGUUGUUACCUUAUGUAAUUCCUGUUCCCUCAAGAGGAUCUAUCUGCUGUUGCAUGAAGGAGGCGGCAAAAAGUGAAUUACUUGAAGAGUUAAACAUUGGUGGACAGUUGCAAUGCAAGCUGACGAGAGCUUAAACAGUUCAACAUUAUUGCUUCACCAAUUUUUAGAAGUGACUUUUAUUGCAUGUAUUUUUUGUACACUUACGCAGAAUAGUCGCCAUAAGAAUUUCAAACCUUUUUGACCGUAAGUUAGACUCUAAUAGAUGUGCGUUUUGCAGAUUUAGCCAAGAGUUGGAUUUCUUUAUGGUUGAAAGUAACAGUACAUAAUAAAAUUAGGGCCAUAAAUAUGUGUUUUGAUGUUUC